UCCUCUCCAACUCUACCCUCCCCUUCCAGACCCCUCCUGUCCAACACUACCCUCCCCUUCCAGACCCCUCCUGUCCAGUACUUGGACUAGUGGAUGAGGGGGGGAUGAUCCUAAAGAGGCAGAGGGCUAAAACCCACAAAAUGGUUGACAGUGUUAUUCCGGAAGGUGGAAUGGUACAGAACGUGCACAUAGAAGUACGUUGUGUAGAACAGAGUUGACGACGAGCGAUGGUAAUCGUGUCAGCUCCAUAUUUUACAUUUCUGUCUGCAACGUUUCCACCGUUUUGCCCUUCUAACCAUACCCUUGGACAACGCAUCACUCUGGGUGGAACUUCAUCUCAACCAAUCACACGCCACCUCUGUGUGACCGGGCUGCGAGUCAACCUGCUGCGACCAAUCGACGUCCAGCUCUGUGGAUGUAAAAAGGGAGAUUCUGGGAAGUGUAGUGAUUCUGGGUUUGAGCAGAGAGGAUUCUGGGAUAGCCCUUUUUGACUCACGCUACGGAGGAGACACCACUAAACUCCACCCAUCCAGAGGCAAACCAGAAGUACAAAACAGGAAGUACAAAACUGAACAUUUUGUUUUUUUUUGUGCACCUGAGAACCUGCCGUUUGAGACUACGUUUUUGUUUGUAAGAGAGUGUUUUGCAAUGAGGGCAAAGAAAAAGAAUUACAAUAUGGCAACUCACCUUCGGAUUGGAGUUGGCCAGUAACAAAUUAUUAUUAUUUUCCCUAUUUUUCAGUGCUUAUUGUAAUUGUCCAUGCUUGUCUAUCCAGAGGGAGAUCAGAUAUGUGUAUCUCUCCUUUUGAAAAUAAUGAAAACAAACUGUUACUGUUGGACAAAAAUGGACUGUCUCUGUCAGAACACAGCAUCUGAUGACAUCAGGUUGGUUUUGUAUGCUACAUCACUGGAACGUGUGUACUCCGGGCCUCCUGUGCAGUGUGUGGCUGUGGAACACACAGGCCUGGUUCCAAACUGACCCUAGCCCCUUGACCACUAAGAAACUCCUGACUCCCCCUCAAUUAAAUGUAACGGAGAGGUUUGAGCCUAAGUGAUGAACAUGUGUCUUUUAGAUUUAAAAAAAAUUCUGGAGCAGUGGAUUCAAGCAACAUGGCGGCAGAUACUUCACACAGUUUACCAGACAGAUACUUUAUACAGUUUACCAGACAGAUACUUCACACAGUUUACCAGACAGAUACUUCACACAGUUUACCAUACAGAUACUUCACACAGUUUACCAGACAGAUACUUCAUACAGUUUACCAUACAGAUACUUCAUACAGUUUACCAUACAGAUACUUCAUACAGUUUACCAUACAGAUACUUCACACAGUUUACCAGACAGAUACUUCACACAGUUUACCAGACAGAUACUUCACACAGUUUACCAGACAGAUACUUCAUACAGUCUACCAGACAGAUACUUCACACAGUUUACCAGACAGAUACUUCACACAGUUUACCAGACAGAUACUUCACACAGUUUACCAGACAGAUACUUCACACAGUUUACCAUACAGAUACUUCAUACAGUUUACCAUACAGAUACUUCACACAGUUUACCAGACAGAUACUUCAUACAGUUUACCAUACAGAUACUUCACACAGUUUACCAGACAGAUACUUCAUACAGUUUACCAUACAGAUACUUCACACAGUUUACCAUACAGAUACUUCAUACAGUUUACCAGACAGAUACUUCACACAGUUUACCAGACAGAUACUUCACACAGUUUACCAGACAGAUACUUCACACAGUUUACCAGACAGAUACUUCACACAGUUUACCAGACAGAUACUUCACACAGUUUACCUUACAGAUACUUCACACAGUUUACCAGACAGAUACUUCACACAGUUUACCAGACAGAUACUUCACACAGUUUACCGUACAGAUACUUCACACAGUUUACCAGACAGAUACUUCACACAGUUUACCAGACAGACACUUCAUACAGUUUACCAGACAGAUACUUUAUACAGUUUACCAGACAGAUACUUCACACAGUUUACCAGACAGAUACUUCACACAGUUUACCGUACAGAUACUUCAUACAGUUUACCAGACAGAUACUUCACACAGUUUACCAGACAGAUACUUCACACAGUUUACCAUACAGAUACUUCACACAGUUUACCAUACAGAUACUUCAUACAGUUUACCAGACAGAUACUUCAUACAGUUUACCGUACAGAUACUUCACACAGUUUACCAUACAGAUACUUCACACAGUUUACCAGACAGAUACUUCAUACAGUCUACCAGAUGGAGAUUGUGGUCAAGAUAUGGACCGCUAUGUUACUGUUAUCUACCAUGUAAUCUCUUGUGGACAGAUGCGCAUAACAUAACUGGUAUCGUAGCAUCUGUCAACAGACUGUGGGUUGCGACGACUAACGAUGAACUUCGUUCCGGUGCGCAGAUCUCUUUCAUCACUGGUAAUUUGGACAAAUCACGAUUUUGCAGGCGUUAGCAUCUUUCGAAUUUCGGAAGAGUAGGGGAUAUUUGGCCCAUACGCCUCUCCCAUAACUUGCAAAGAGAGGUGGGUGGAGCUCCUAGUUCCGCUUGCGCUCCUCGUUCUAGUAUAUUUUCUAACACAUCUUCCCCCAGAACUUAAUCGAGCAUCUAACGCAAUUGCACAAUAUUUUUCAUUCUGGGUGUCCGAGAUUACAUACCUUGUGCUUUCAGGUGUUUCGGGACUAAGGGAAGGGGUCAGGGCCUGUCUGUGUGUAGUCUUGGACAGACAGAGGCGUGUAGUAUAUAAUAUGGGUGUUUGACUCGGAUGCUGCUGGUUCUAGGCCGUGUUCUAGGCCAUAAAACUGACCGACCUCCAGGGUUGGGGUCAGUUCUUUAUUAAUUCAGUCUUUGAAUUUAAAUGGAAUUGAUCCUAACCCUGCUGACCUCACUGUGUGGCAGUGAUACUAAUGCCUCUCUUUGACAGUUUAUCUAACAGGAGCUUUAUGUUGAAGAAAAUAAAUAAAUAAAUAUAACAAAUAAAUCAAAAUAACUGAUAGUAAACGUGCUCUGACUGGCGCUACAGUGGAAUUUGUUAAAAUAAAUGUUCUGAGCAGCG